ACCCCUUCGCAGGCCGGGCGAUGCCCCGUUUCAGAAGCAAAAGCCCCAGCCCUGUCUUGUGAUCCUUGCCACGCCGUACCCGGGGAUUUAAGGCUGGCGGAUAAAUUGUGCGCCUUAAACUGGCAGGAGGGAAGGAGGGGGCCCGCUGCACCUCAGUCCGGCGCUGGGGCUCAGGGACGCUGCACCGUGGCCUCCCCAUGUCAUUCUGCUUGGAGUGACUUCGUGUGAUGUCAGCUCUCAGUGUCAGAGCCGGCGAGCUGGCGCUCGGGAAGAUGUUGGCUAUCAAAAUGUGACAGUGUGGCCACUCCGCGCUGCUGGGACGCGUCUCCUCGGUGCUGGGCAAAGAGCUGAGACCGGGAGCGCCCAGCCGGGCUCGCUGCUCGCCUCCUGCCCGCCAUGGCGAGCUCGGCGGCCGUGGAGACGGUCAUGCCCUCGGCCUGCCCGCGCCACGAAGGCAGGAGCGGCGCCUCCAACCCCUCCAAGACGUUGGCCUUCUCCAUCGACCGGAUCAUGGCCAAGAGCGCCGAGCCCAAGCCGGCCUUCGGCGGGCUGGAGCCCGAGCCGGCCAAGAAGAGCCUGGGCCUCUGCCCGCCGCUGCCCUGCGUGCUGCCCGUCCCGCCGCUGGCCUACGAGGUGCACUCCAAGGCGCUGCUCAGCUACUCCGAGCUCUGGAAGGGCAGCGCCCUGCGGGGCCCGGCCGGGCUGUGCAAAGCCAACUGCGGCAUGUGCUGCAAGGCGGAGCUGGGCCUCGGGCACUCGCUGCUGCCGGCCGGCCGAGUGAUCAAGCCCCAGGCCAUCAGCCAGGCGGCGGGGAUGCCCGCCCAGGGCUCCGUGUAUUACUUCAACUACCUGGACUCCGCGUACCCCUCCGAGCUGCUCCCCGGCCAGCUCUUCCCUUCUAGCCUGCUGGGCGCGCAGCCCCCGGCCGGCCUCUCGGCGCACCACAAACUCUUCCUGCUGGAGAACGCCAAGCUGGCCGGGCUGGCGCCGGAGAAGUUCCCCAGCGCCCAGUACCCGCACAAGGAGCGGCUCCCCGGCCAGCUGGACCAGGUGAUGAAGGAGAACACGGCCCUGGCCGGGGAGAGGAACGGGGUGAAAAACCACAGCAAGGUCAGCGGCUCCGCGGACGGCAAGCCCAAGAAUUUCACCUGCGAAGUGUGUGGCAAGGUCUUCAAUGCCCAUUACAACUUAACUCGCCACAUGCCAGUCCACACGGGGGCCAGGCCGUUCGUCUGCAAAGUUUGUGGCAAGGGCUUUCGCCAGGCCAGCACCUUGUGCAGACACAAAAUUAUCCACACGCAGGAAAAACCUCACAAAUGUAACCAAUGCGGCAAAGCUUUCAACAGAAGCUCCACGCUAAAUACGCACAUUAGAAUCCACGCGGGCUACAAACCUUUCGUGUGUGAAUUUUGUGGCAAGGGAUUUCACCAAAAAGGAAACUACAAGAACCAUAAAUUGACUCACAGCGGCGAGAAGCAGUACAAAUGCACCGUCUGCAACAAAGCCUUUCACCAGAUCUAUAACUUGACUUUCCACAUGCACACUCACAACGACAAGAAACCCUUCACGUGCGGCACGUGCGGCAAAGGCUUUUGCAGAAACUUUGAUUUAAAGAAGCACGUCCGAAAGCUACACGACACCGCGACCCCUACAAAAGCGCUGCCCAGGAGUUUGCAAACCUAAAAGCUCCGUUCACUCCGCGCUAGGUGCCAGCCGCCGAACUUGCCACCUGGGUCCCCGAGGCCAGCACUCUCUCUGCCAACCUGGCGAUUGUUUCAACACCAGCUUAGCAGGUGACUAGCGGCCAGAAUUCCCAGUCGCAUUUGUAUAUAAGAAGAAACUUAUUUAAAACUCCUUUUUGCCACUCAACUCCUGGGAUUUGGUUGUCUUGGGUUGAAGGGGGAAUUAGGGGUUUGUUUUAACCUAACGUCUCACCAGGGCCGAUCUGUAAAAUAUGGGCCACCAGGGCCGUCUUUAUAUAUGUCUGUAAAAUUAAAUUCUAAUGUACAAUCGAAUAAGGAAUAUACAUAUAUAUAUGGGAUAAUAAAAAGUCAAUUCGGA